AUGAGCAACAUGGACAACGACAAAAAGUUGAGCACCAGCGUGGAUAUAUCGCAUGUUUCCGUGGAGGAAUCAAAGGGAAAGGAGAGAUCUCGUUUCAGGGAGUGGACCUCGUCGUUCAAGCGCCGGGAACCGGUGAUUGAUCCCGACGUGGUCUUGGAACUCUUAGACGAGCAGAAGCGCCGUAACUACGAGCUUGCGAAUCAGCCAUACCGCAAAACUCUGGAUCAGAGGCAUUUGACAAUGAUUUCGAUAGGAGGAACACUGGGUACCGGACUCUUCAUCGGGCUGGGGUACUCGCUAACGUCGGGCCCAGGGUCGUUGCUGGUCGGCUUUUGCAUCGUAGGAGUUAUGAUGUUUUGCGUGGUACAGAGUGCUUCGGAGAUGGCGUGCCAAUACUCUGUAUCUGGGUCUUUCUUAGCGCACACGUCGCGCUUUAUGGAUCCCUCUUUGGGGUUCACCGCUUCUACUGCUUAUUUGCUGGUUUGGCUUACUUCCUUUCCUUCAGAACUGAUCGGAUGUGCCAUUACUCUGCGUUACUGGAACACAAGUGUAAAUCCGACCGCAUGGGUAGCUAUUUUUUACUGCUUCAUCAUGGCUCUCAACCUGUUUAAUGUUCGAGGCUAUGGAGAAGGAGAGUUUUGGAUGUCUCUUUUCAAGAUCUUUGCCAUUAUAAUCUUCAUUGUCAUUGGUAUUGUUCUCAUUUGUGGUGGAGGACCACAAUCUCACGGUUACAUUGGAACCAAAUACUGGCACAACCCGGGUUCGUUUGCGAACCCAGUUUUCAAAGGCAUUUGUAACACUUUUGUGUCCGCGGCGUACUCUUUUAGUGGUGCUGAGCUGGUCGUUUUAACCGCCUCGGAAUCUCGUAAAGUAGAGUCUGUGUCGCGCGCAGUAAAAGGCACUUUUUGGAGAAUCAUCAUCUUUUAUCUAACCACUGUGAUUAUUAUCGGAUGUUUGGUUCCAUACACCGAUAACCGCUUACUAGGCGGUAGCAGCAGCGAAGAUUUGAGCGCCUCCCCAUUUGUAAUCGCCUUGAGCGGACAAGGGUCAAUGGGUGUUAAAGCGUCUCACUUCAUGAACACUGUUAUCCUGAUAGCUGUGUUGUCAGUGGGCAACUCGUGUGUUUAUACGUCCUCAAGAGUGAUCCAGUCUUUGGGCGCUUCGGGCCAAAUUCCAAGAAUUUGCGGUUAUAUAGACCGGAAUGGAAGACCGCUGGUAGGCAUAGGUAUCUGCGGUGUUUUCGGGUUACUGGGAUUUCUGGCUACCUCUGACAAGCAGGACGAAGUGUUCACAUGGCUGUUUGCUUUAUGCUCUAUCUCCUCGUUUUUCACUUGGUUCUGCAUUUGCGCCUCUCAGGUUCGUUACAGACUAGCAUUGAGGGCGCAAGGCAGAUCCGUUGACGAGAUUGCCCACAAGUCGAUGCUGGGUAUUUACGGUGGUAUUUUUGGUGCUGUGCUUAAUUUCUUGUUGAUUGCAGGUAAUAUUUAUGUUGCCGCAUUCCCCUUGGGCGAGGCAUCAAGCGCAAAGUAUUUUUUUGAAUACUGUUUGAGUAUUCCGAUCAUGAUAGUCGUCUACCUGUUGCACCGCUUGUUCUUUAACAAAUAUCGGCGUUUCCUGAUUCCAUUAAAGGAAAUCGAUUUGGACACCAGCUCCAAGAACACCGAUUUGGCCCAGCUUAAACAAGACGCGCUCGACACAAGGGCGAGAAUCGCCGCUAGGCCGUUGUACUAUAGAAUUUAUAGAUUCUGGUGUUGA